AUGAUUCCAAUUUCCAUCUUCCGCCGUGAAUGCAAUGGCGAUGAGACCAUGUCCAGUUGCACAAAGCCCACCAGCUCCGCAGUGACCAUCGGCAUUCCCGCCGCGAUAACAGGAGUUAUGCUCUUCAUCGCUAUCAUCGUCCUCAUAGUCCUCUACCGCAAGCGCAUGCGUCGUGAUGACCUCGAAGAUCUAGAAGACCGUCAACGCGAGUCGGGGUUCUAUGCUCGCUACGCGACACAGCGCUUCGGCAAUGAAGGCGCGGAGCCACCGAAGGGACGUCCAUAUCCUGAGUCGCGACGGAGCUCUGGCGAGUCGAUAUAUGAUUUUAAGCAGGAUCAUGGGCCCUAUCACCUUGCUCAACUACCCAGUCAUGAGGUGCAGAUGCCGAAGCCGGUGGCUACAAGGGUAGUUGUGUAA